AUCCGGGUAGUUUGAAGGUGCUACUAACUACCAGCAUGGACAGCUUAGGCGGAGGAGUUGACGGGACUCGGCGCACCUCCAGAUGUUGAGCGAUACGGUCACGUGUCCGCUCACCUCCGGCUUGGCAUCAAAUUCAUGCCGCAGUUUUCUUGAUAGAGCACUGCGUAUAGGUCGGCGAGAUCCCAUUACCCGGCAUUCGAGUCAGCGUGCACGACAUUCACCGGAACUGAGAAAGGCAGAAUUCGAGCCCCACGGCGUCAAACAUUUCCACAACAAACUUGUCUUGAUCACCACCGGAAUCUGCCAUUCCUCCGCCCCAAAAUGAUCUGCCAACGAUGCCGGACCGGCAUCCUGUCUCGCUUCCAGCAGCAGACCGUUACGUCGUCUGCCCUGGCCGGCGCACGCCAGCUUUUAUUCCCUAUCCAGCGGACUCAGUUCCGCAACUACAGUGAGGGCAAGCCCACCGUGUCCGCCGCACCGCCGCCGCCCAAGCCUCGACAGCCUGGCGUGAGCGAUGUGACCGUCCCGUCCGCCGUCUCUUCCGCCACCCCUGGAGUAUCGCAACCAUUGAGCACCCCCACGGACGGCGUCCACUCCGAUGUCCAUCCCGGAAAGCCCCGGAAGGCCGAAGUGAAGCGCCCCGCGAGUAUCUGCGUCGCUGGAACGAAAAUGAACGGCCUCAACUACUUCAAGAACAAGCCCGAUGUGGUCGCUCUGGAGGACUCGGAGUAUCCCGACUGGCUCUGGGGAUUGUUGGAUGAGAAAAAGAAGGGCAAGGCCGAACAGGGCGGCGUUGACCCAAGCACUCUGAACAAGAAGCAGCGCAAGCGCUACGAGAAGAAGAUGGCUGCGCGCGCCGCGACCCUCCCUCCCGUCAUCCCCAUCCACGAACACGCCACCGAUAUCACCCCCGCCCCCUACAACCGCGGCCAGGCCGAGACCGAAGAUUCGCUAGCUGUUGCCGCCGAGAGUAUCGAGAAGCGGACCGAAAUCACCAGAAGCGCGAGAGACGCACGGAGAAAGGCCAUCAGAGAGGCCAACUUCCUGCGCGGGCUGUAAAUUAUACUUGUGUGUCAUUUAUUUGGGGCGAUUUGCGAAUUUUCUCCGUGGGGCGCUGUCUCUUUAUGUUUGGACCGAGUACUGUCCAGACCACGACUCACACUUGUUACAGUAUUGACAACCCGAGCAAAGGGCGGGGAGGCUGCAUCAUGCAGAGGAGACAUAUUCUGAUUUGUACUUCAUAUUCUCAUUUCCCUUAUCAUGUACUAUCUUGCAAGAACCAGGCGCGAAAUGG